ACCCUGUUUCAAAUCUGCCUCAGCCCAAUUCUCGACCUCACCCUCUUGUGACGUUUCCAAGAAAUAAUCGUCGGGAUCACUGGUAAUCUCUCUUGUCAGGGAAGAUGGCAGGGGAAUGGACUCCUGUUGAAGGUGAUACUCAGAGGAAACGCGUGUGCUAUUUCUUCGACUCGGACAUCGGGGGUUUCCACUAUGGACCCGGUCAUCCGAUGAAACCUACCAGGAUACGAAUGUGUCACUCCCUCGUCAUGAACUACGGCCUCUACAAAAAAAUGGAGAUCUUUCGUGCAAAACCAGCCACGAAACGCGAGAUGACGCAGUUUCACUCUGACGAGUAUGUCGACUUCCUCAGUCGAAUAACGCCCAGCAACAUGAAUCAAUACAUCAAAGAGCAGCAUAAAUACAACGUUGGUGAUGAUUGUCCUGUGUUCGACGGUCUCUUUGAUUACUGCUCCAUUUCUGCCGGUGGUUCGAUGGAGGGUGCUGCGCGGUUGAGCCGAGACAAAUGCGAUAUUGCGAUAAACUGGGCAGGGGGGCUACAUCACGCGAAGAAGAGCGAGGCCAGUGGCUUUUGCUAUGUUAACGACAUUGUAUUGGGUAUACUGGAACUCCUCAGGUAUCACAGUCGCGUCCUCUAUAUUGACGUUGACGUGCAUCAUGGCGAUGGGGUAGAGGAAGCGUUCUACACUACCGAUCGUGUUAUGACCGUCAGUUUCCACAAAUACGGGGAGUAUUUCCCUGGGACCGGUGAACUUCGCGACAUAGGCAUUGGUAAAGGAAAGCAUUAUGCCCUCAACUUUCCGCUACGGGACGGUAUCUCUGAUGAGAAUUACAAGUCCGUAUUCGAACCUGUCAUCCGACAAGUGAUGGAGUACUACGACCCCUCAGCAAUUGUACUGCAAUGUGGAACAGAUUCGCUAUCAGGUGACAAGUUGGGUUGCUUAAAUCUGUCCAUGAGAGGCCACGCGAACUGUGUCAAAUUUGUCAAGUCCUUCAACAAGCCACUGCUCCUUCUUGGUGGUGGCGGCUACACCAUGCGUAACGUCAGCCGAGCGUGGGCUUACGAAACGGGUUUGGCUGCCGGGGUGGAACUCGGACGGGAUAUACCAGUCAACGAGUACUACGAAUAUUUUGGUCCAGAUUAUGAACUUGAUGUGAAAGCGUCAAAUACGGAGGACAUGAACACCCCGGAAUAUCUCGAGCGAGUGAAAAAUAUUGUCCUUGACAAUCUACGCAGGUUGAAGGGCCCACCUAGUGUGCAAAUGACAGAUAUUCCAAAGUUGCCGAUGGACGACGCGAUGGACGAUAUGAAUCAGGACGAGGAUCUUAUACCUCCGAAUGAAAGACGACACAGACGCCUCCUUGACUCACGCGUCCAAGCCGACGGAGAGUUUUCUGAUUCAGAUGACGAAGGAGAAGGUGGGAGGAGGGAUCAUUCCAACUACAGAGAACGGGGAAGCCAGAGCAGAAGUCAUUCAAGUGAGACCGAGGACGGAGGGAUGAGGAAGUUUGGAAUCGGUGUGGGCAUCCUUACUUCGGGUCCCUCUGGCUCGACUCACGGAGCUGGACCGAGCGGGCACACGACGUUUCCACAGACUGCGAGUGCGCUCAUCUCUAUGGACGUCGACGAUAUACCGUCAGCAACGGAGAGGGGAGUGACACCAUUGGAGGGGAUUAUGGAUGACGUCUCUCCGGACAGGGAUAAAGAAGAGACAGCCACGGAUGAAAAACCUCUCACUGAUGGGGAAGCAUCGUAGAUGUUCUUACAUUUUUGGGUUCAAAUCCGAGGCUACCAAUGCAUGUCGUCUGCCGCACAUUUCGUGUUGUAUAGAUUACAUAAUAAUUAACCCGUUCCAGUGAUUCUUGGCUGUACA